AAUCCAUAUUCCCAACUCUCUGUUGUAUAUAUACCCCUGCCUGCACCGUGCUACUCCAUUAGACACAGACACUGACGAGUAAAGAUGCUGAUUCCAAUUGUUGUCCUGGUUGUUGCGACCAACGUCUAUGUGGCUGCCGAGAGCGCCCUGUGCCCUGUACCUCAACAUAAAGUGCAUUUCGGCUACCACUUUGGAUCGGAGGAUGAUCCUAAUCACUGGUUCGAUCUGGACAAGGACACCCACUGCUGUGGUGGGUCUAAACAGUCUCCCAUUGACAUCAGUACUCAAGGAGCAAAGUGUGCCAAGCUAGGCCGCAUCCAGUACGAACCCAAACCACAAGGACAAAUAUCUGGCAAUCUGAAAAGAAAUGGCCAUGGUGCGAGUCUUGCCUUCUUCGCAAAAAAUCGCCUCGUGACGAAGGACAUGCCUUUCACUGACGGCGAGUACGUCCUGGACUCAAUGCACUUCCACUCUCCCUCGGAACAUCUCGUCAACGGCAAGCACUACGAUGGGGAGUUGCAUCUGGUUCACUACAAGAAGGAGUAUGGGAGUGUUGGGGCGGCUGUAGGCAAGGAAGACGGUCUGGCUGUCAUUGGAGUGUUCCUGGAGGUAACAGGGGAGUCGGUAGAUACUGCUUUCAACAGGUUUGUGGAUGGAGUGGCGAAACUGAAAGGCGAUGGAGCCGAGGAAAUGAGUCUGGACCCCCGCGAGCUGCUGCUGCUUGAUGACGAUUACUUCACCUACAAGGGUUCGCUUACCACCCCGCCCUGUUCGGAGUCUGUCCGAUGGGUUGUUAUGCAACUGCCUGUUCUCACCACAAAAGAUAGGCUUCGCGUGCUGAGGAAUGUUCCAGUCAGUGACGAUCCUAAUCACUGGUUCGAUCUGGACAAGGACACCCACUGCUGUGACGGGUCUAAACAGUCUCCCAUCAACAUCAGAACUCAAGGAGCAAAGUGUGCCAAGCUAGGCGGCAUCCAGUACGAACCCAAACCACAAGGACAAAUAUCUGGCAAUCUGAAAAGAAAUGGCCAUGGUGCGAGUCUUGCCUUCUUCGCAAUAAAUCGCCUCGUGACGAAGGACAUGCCUUUCACUGACGGCGAGUACGUCCUGGACUCAAUGCACUUCCACUCUCCCUCGGAACAUCUCGUCAACGGCAAGCACUACGAUGGGGAGUUGCAUCUGGUUCACUAUAAGAAGGAGUAUGGAAGUGUUGGGGCCGCUGUAGGCAAGGAAGACGGCUUGGCUGUCAUUGGAGUGUUCCUGGAGGUAAUAGGGGAGUCGGAAGAUACUGCUUUCAACAGGUUUGUGGAUGGAGUGGCGAAACUGAAAGGCGAUGGAGCCGAGGAAAUGAGUCUGGACCCCCGCGAGCUGCUGAUUCUUGAUGACGAUUACUUCACCUACAAGGGUUCGCUUACCACCCCGCCCUGUUCGGAGUCUGUCCGAUGGGUUGUUAUGGAACUGCCUAUUCUCACCACAGCAGACAGGAGAAAGAUGCUGAUUUCGAUUGUUGUCGUGGUUGUUGCAGCCAACGUCUACGUGGCUGCCGAAGAUGCUCUGUGUCCCAUCCCAAGGCACCAUAUACACUUCGGCUACCAUGAAGGUUCGGGGGAUGAUCCUUCUCACUGGCACGAUCUGGACACCGACACCCGCUGCUGUGACGGGUCCCAGCAGUCUCCCAUUGACAUCGAGAGUGACGACGCGACAUGCCACCCUCUGGGCGGCAUCGAAUAUGAACCAAAAGGAGCUGUGUCUGGGAAUUUAAAAAUGAAUGGCCAUGGCGCGAGUCUUGCCUUCUUCAAAAAUGAACGUCUCGUGACGGAGGACAUGCCUUUCACUGACGGCGAGUACGUCCUGGACUCAAUGCACUUCCACUCUCCCUCGGAACAUCUCGUCGACGGCAAGCACUACGAUGGGGAGUUGCAUAUGGUUCACUACAAGAAGGAGUAUGGGAGUGUUGGGUCGGCUGUCGACAAGGAAGACGGCUUGGCUGUCGUUGGAGUGUUCCUGGAGGUGACAUGUGAGUCGCAGGAUCAUGCCUUCAACAGGUUCGUGGAUGGAGUGGCGCAUCUGAAAGUCGGUGAAGCUGAGAAUGUGACUCUGGACCCAAGCGAGCUGCUGCUGCUUGAUGACGAUUACUACACGUACAAGGGUUCGCUUACCACCCCGCCCUGUUCGGAGUCUGUCCGAUGGGUUCUUAUGGUUUUGCCUGUUCUCACCACAGAGGAUAGGAUCCGCGUGCUGAGGGCUGUUCCAGUUGCCGACGGCGAACCACUUUCGGUCGACACAAACGACAGACCAGCCCAACCGCUGAACAACCGCACCGUUUAUCUUUCCUGCUGAUAAACACGUACAUGUAUAAAUGUUUCAAAGACAGAAUAUAUUGGCUAUGAAACAAACCGUGAAUGCUUGUGACCACCAGUUGGAAUGACUCCACACAGUCAUCGACAUACGAUACGAGGGUCUGG